GCCCAAAACUUGCAAACCUGUGGUGGUGGUUGCUUCACAUUGGCUCUCUCCACCUCCCAGUCCAAGGGAUUUCUCGAGCAAGACUGCAAUAACCCCUCUAACGCCGUCUCUUUGUGUGCGCGCGCGCGUGUGCAGCAGAAGGAUUUGAUCCCCUUUAAAUUAAAUCUCGAUUCAUUUUAUGUGUUGUUCUUAUGCGCACGUGUGGCACACGUUGCAAUGGCAAACAGACGAGAAUAACUGAAGUCUAAUCACCGUUGGUGGGGGGAGGGGGGGGUGCUGGACCUUCUGUGGCCUUGCCGAUCCAGCUCACCUCGUGACUACAGCGCCGAGAUUCCAUGGCGCGCCUCGUGCAGUCCCCGCUACCGCAGCUGCUGCCCCUCUUGGUGCUGCUCACCGCUGGCCCGGCCGCCUCUCACGACUACGGGGGCAUGCCCAUCGAGCUCGACCUCGAGGCCGGCGAGCCGAGCCUCCUCACCCUGCAGGGCCGCCUCGACCGCGCCUACGUGCGCCGCGUGCUCGGCUCCCCGGACUGCCCUCCCGAAUGCGAGUGCCCACACUUCUGGCCCACGUCCAUGUUCUGCGACGCCCGCAAUCUCACCCACGUGCCGCCGCCGCUGGCCAGGACGGCCUACCUCUACCUGCAGCGCGGCCUCAUCGAGUCCGUGCCCGAGGGGGCCUUCGGGAACGCGACGGGGCUGCGCAAGAUCAUCCUGGACGUCAACCGCAUCUCGAGCGGCAACGUCUCCGAGGGGGCCUUCUCGCAGCUCGCCCGGCUCCAGUACCUCUACAUCAACUACAACCAUCUGACCGAGGUCCCCAAAAACCUGCCGUCGAGCCUGAAGGAGCUCAGGCUGGCGCACAACAAGAUCCGCGUCCUGGAGGGCCGAGUCUUCCACAACCUCGGCAACCUCACGCUGCUGCUGCUGCACGGCAACGAGAUGGCGGUGGUGAAGUCGGAAGCCUUCGCCGGCUUGAAGUCCAUCGUUCACAUCAACCUGAGCAACAACAAACUCGACGACCUUCCCGGCGGCCUGCCGAGCCACGUGCUUCAGCUCUACCUGGAGUGGAACUCCAUCAGCCAGGUGCCCGAGUUUUACUUUCAACAGUUCCCCAACCUGCAGUUUCUGCGCUUGGCCGGCAACUUCCUGAGCAGUCCGCGGGUGCCCGCGGAGGCCUUCAACGUGUCCACCCUCCUGGAGCUCGACCUCGCGUACAACAACCUCGACCGCAUCCCCGCCGUGCACCGCAACCUGCAGUACCUCUACCUGCAGGCGAACAACGUCAGCGAGUUCUCCGUGGAGAGUUUCUGUCGGAGCACGGCGCCCCAGGACUACUCCCGUAUCUCGCUGCUCCGUCUCGACGGGAACCGCCUCGCCUCGUGGAAUAUCCCCAGCGACGCCUACGCGUGCCUGCGGCGGUGCCGUCACUUCGUCAUCUAGACGGCGCGACGGACACCACGGCGCAGUUGGCAUGGCUCCAGCUGCAAUGAUAGCAAAGGGGGGCCACUCGCUGUCCAGCUUCCAACAUGUUAAUAUUUUGGUAUCAUCUUGUGUAAUCUACAUUUUUUUUUCUUACAGGUUCAUUGUAUAACGCGUAGGCUUUCGCGACCAAUAUUAUUCAUAAUCAACGUUUUUGGGUUUAGAUCGCGUUAUUUAUAAACGUGUCGUAACCCUCCACCACCCGACACGGCCAAUCAG